GCCCGCCGCCGAGCCCAAAACCCUAGCCCCGCCCACCUAUUAAAGCCUCCGCCCCAAGAAAUCCGGCGCCCGCCCGCAUCUCCUCUAUCCGCUCCUCCUCCUUCCUCCUCCCUCCUCUCCGGCGCGCGCUGCAGCAGACCAGAGAGAUGGCGGCGGCGACGGCGGCGCGCGGGACCGGGAUGGUGGUGGAGGCGCCCGCGGCGUUGACGGCCGUGGUGGCCGCCGCAGCCGCGCAGAGGUUGCUGGCUCUCCUCGCGCUCGCGAUGGAAGCUGUAAACAGCGGAGCAGAUAUCUUCAGUGAAGACCAGCAAGAAAUUAUCAAGCAAUUUGGCAGAAUCAAGUCUGAAACUGUCCCGGAGAACAAGGACGGGUCAGAUGACGAUGACGACGAUGAUGAAGAUGAGGAUGAUGAAACUGGUGAUGCUGACGCUGACGAUGACGAUGCUGGGGAGGAUUUCUCGGGUGAAGAAGGGGGUGAGGAUGAUGAUGAUGACGAGGAAGCUGACCCUGAGGCCAAUGGUGAAGGGGGAAGCGACGACGAUGAUGAUGAGGAUGGCGAGGACGGCGAGGACGAUGAUGAUGACGAGGAGGAUGAAGACGAGGAUGAAGAGGAGGAGGAAGACGAGGACCAGCCCCCGUCCAAGAAGAAGAAAUGAUCUGUCUAGCUGCUGCAUCUGUCCUUUCAGUAUCUGUUAGCUGUCUGCCUGUUUAGAUGAUGAUUUGGCAGGUCUGGUGCCGACCUGUGUAGCUUGUGGCUUUGGUUGUCGGGUCUCAUAGGGUAGGAGAAUGUUGAAACUCUGAUGCUAUCUCUUGUGUUGGCCAGUUGUGCAUGUAGUCUUAACUUUGCUGUGUUCUGUUAUUGGAGUUGUCAUACCUCGUUAUGCAUUCAAUCUAAUUCUUGUUACUCUGGCGUGGUCGCCAAGUGUGUCA